UAUGAACUAUGAUCAUGCCACUGUACUCUAGCCUGGGUGACAGAGCAAGAUCCUGUCUCAAAAAACGAAUGAACGAAAGAACUACAGCAUCCUGGGGCUGCUGCUGAGGGAGACAAGCCCUCUGCCCUGGCAGACAGACGAGUUCACACCUCCAAGAAAGUGGGGAAAAGAGAGAGCAAAGCUGACCCACGCCUGGUCACAGUGCCUGCAUGUGCCACCUGCUCAGAUCACACAGUACAUACAUAUACCAUAUUUUCUGGAUUGUAAAAAUCUUAUGGUAAUAACAGGCUUGGAACAGAAAAACAAAUGAACACAUCAAGGACAUAAGUAUGCAUCAAUUCUAAGACCAGCUCAAACUUAAGAACACUUAAACCUGAAGGGAAUAAAACACUCCUUAUACCCAGGGUUCAGAAUAUACCGCACAGCAACAGGGGGUCUCCGUGCUGUCCACAGUCUCUGCACAGUGCCGGGUAAAUGGGCCACAGUGCCCAGAGAACUCCAUGCCUGCCUCUCUGCAACCCAGCAGACCACACUGGGUGUGCCACACAGGCAUACAGUAUGUGACAGCAAAGGUGCUCCACAGCAGAGCUGUUGUGCUACCUGUCACUCUGCACUGGGAGCACCAAGGGCCACGCUGCACACACAUGCAGCCAGUACACGGCAUGUGUGCUGCAGCACCAGGUGACUGCCUACAUGUCACACCGCAUGCAUGUGUGCCUGUGCUUAAUGCUGCAUGAGGGACUCCCCACUGUUCUACUGAAAAUGUGGCCUUAAAAAUGGCACAUGUCCCUUUCCUCUGAACACUGUGUCCCCUCUGGACAACCUCUGUAGAUCCCACCUUGCUUUAUUUACCAUGAGUGUUUUAGGUUUGGUAUCCCCAGGGCUAGAACCCAUCUCAUCUCCCUUGUCAUUUCCUGAGGGACGUGAUGUCCCAGAGACUCAGUAUCCUGAGAUGAAUCACAGCAGCCUCUCACAAGCUUGUGAGGGUCCAAUGAGGCACAGCAGUGUUCACAGCAGCCCCCUUCAUUGUCAUCAGAAGGAGGAAGCACCCCAGCCAUGAACGAAUGAUAAACAACAUGUGGUCUACAAAUACAGGGGUAGGAAAAUUCAGCUGUAGGAAACUGACACAUGCCGCAACAAUGGAUGAACCUCGAGGACAUUAUGCUAAGUGCAAGAAGCCAGUCACCAAAGGACAAACAUUGCAUAAUUCCACUUAUAAUAAGCUUAGUGUAGUCAUUCAUAGAGACAGAAAGUAGAACAGUGGUUGCUGGGUGCUGUGGGGUGGGGCAAUUGGAGAGUUAUUGUUUCAUGGUUUCAGAGGUUGAGUUUGGGAAGAUGAAAAAGUUCUGGAGACAGAUGGCAGCGAUGGCUGCACAAUCAUGUAUAUGCACUUAAUGACGCUGAGCUGUGCACUUCAAAAUGGUUAAAAGGGUAAAUUUCUUAUUAUGUAUAUUUUUCCACAAUAAAUAAAUAUAAAAUAUUUUAAAUAACAGUUGUAAGGUACUUAGCACCAUCCAGGUGCAUAGUAGGUGCUUAAUGAGCAAUCAGAGGUUGGAGCUGUUAGGGAAAGGCCUUCAGAGGCGAUCCUCCCACCCGCCUCCUUGAUCUCACCAACAAGGAGACUGAACCCUAAGAAAGAAAGCGAUCUAAACAAAGUCAAACACAGCAGCCCUGGGGAUGCUGGAACGUGAUUCCCCAAGCUCACCACAUAUGUUUCCACUCUGGCUUAUCUGUGGUAAUAGGCAGGUGGUAGCAUUUGCUCAAAGCAGAAUGGAGACACACGCUUUCCCACACUGACUCCUACACGUCCACUGGCUCUGGCUUCCAUGCCUGGGUUCCACAGCCUCCCCAUAUCUCUCGCUCUUCCCCACUCCUUUGUCCACCCCAGGUUGGGAGUAGUGCCUUGGGCUGCUGAGACUACGGGAGGCUCCUUUCCAGCCAUCACAGGGGUGAAGCAAAGGUCUCUGGAGAAGAUACAGGCCUCCCCCUAGCAGGUGGGGUAGGAUGGAGGGAAGAGCCUGACUUCAAGAAGAUGCCAGAAUAUUCUUAAGGAGGUCUGCCAAGGCCCCACCACUCUCAAAGGGGAGCCUGGUGUGUCCCCUCACAGAGGAAGCCUAUGUAGCCUUUAUACUCAUUCCCUCGAGAGCUAAAAUUCUUUUUUCCUAAGGAAAAAGUGGAAGGUGGCUGGUUCUUUUCCUGGUUCAAAGGCUCAGGCCAGUUGUGACCCACUAGAGGAGUCAUUUGAAAGUAGGAAAGUGAGACCCAAUUCAGAAGCACGUGGAGACAGCCCGGGUGAUUCCAACUUGGAUGGGUCAAACUACCCAAGACAGAUCUGAGCCCCAAAACUCAGUUAGAUCAGGGACUUCAACAUGGGAGUCAAAAGGGCUAGGUCACCAAUGGGCCAAACUGGCUAAAAUAAGCCUAAACCAGUGAUUAGCUUCAAAGUGGCCAUAGCCCAGAUAUCCCGUUGGUUCACAACACACCUGUUAGGUCUGGUUCAUGCUAAGUUGGAAUACUUUGCUGCAGUCCAGACUGCCUUAAAUUAUCUUAAACCAGAGGAGACCAGCCUGGACAAGUUCAGACCUGCUCAGAUUAGAUCUAGCUGAUUGCAGAGGGAAGAAGGGAACUAACAGUGAUUGAUCACCUAUGCAGCGUCAAGCCCCGAGCUGGGGGUUCUCUCCACAUUUUCUCAUUUAAUCUUCUCGACAGCCUACAGCCCAGUGAGAUGUGCAUAAUUAACCCUCAUUUCCAGAGGUAAAAUAACUUGCAGAAGAUUUUGUAUCUAUUAAGUGGCAGAGCUGUGAUGUAAAUCUCACAGCCGAGGCUGUUUCUAUUUCACUCUGUUUCCUCCCGAUGUGAAAAGAUCCUUAGCAACAGGUAGAGCUGGGGUUUUGGGCUGUAAUGCAGCCUCCUGAAGGGGCAAGAGGGAACUCCGAAAGCAUCCUGAACAUUUAAAUACUUAAAUUCCCAGGAUAGAAACCAGUGGCGGAAUCCAUCACUAUCAUCGUCAACGGUGAUCAUCAUUUCUUGUGGAUUAAUGAGCAACAUCUGGAUGGGAUUCCUGGCAUGGGGCGCAGCUCUGGGACCAUUUGUUCUCCAAACUAAACUUACUUAAAAUGCUUGUUGCCUGAGAAAGGCUCAGGGGAAGCACACUUAUUAUUUUUGAGUGAAUUUCCAGGGAGAGGGGAGUUAUACAAUGUCUAGACGAGUUAUGCCGUCAAGGAGGCAGAAGGCUGUGCCAAGAAACAGAAGACAGGAGGACAUUUGCUCCUUAUUUGGAGAAAGUGCCUUGACCUUGCCUACCCAUUCCUGCCCCAGGGCUCAGAGUUGGCUUUAGUGUUAAUGCAGGGUGGACUUUGGUCUCUCAGGGUCAAGGUCCUCUGAGUGACCAUAAAGAGUGACCUAACUGGUAAGGUCAGACCCAAACGCACAGUUCUUGGGAUAUCCAGGCUUUUCUGAGAUGAGGCUUAGGUGUCAGAGCAAGUCUGUGUGUUCAGUGGCCUGUUGCCCACCCCAGCUCAUGCCUUUCUCUCCAUUGGACAAUUGCAGGGUCUGGAUUGGGGCAGCCCAUACACCCUGUGCUAUAUUUACUUUAGAGUCAGCCGAGCCAGCUGGCCUAUCUGAGAAUUUUCUCCCAUUCAAAAGCUGUGCCCUGGGAUAAAGGGGUUCCUUGGAAGCAGGAUCCCAGUGACAGGGUUGUGAGGGGAAGAGGAGAAAGGAGCUUCUCAGCACCCUCACAGCACUGCCCAUGAAAGACUGUGUCCCAGAAAUCCCCCAUGACUUGGACACCAACCCAGCAACACUUGGACACCAGACUGGUCAUGUACAAUACAGGAGGCCCAGCUAAAUUUAAAUUUUAUAUAAACAACCAAUAAUUUAUAGUUUACCUGGAAGUCAAGUUUAACUAGGAAUCAUGUAUUUUUAUUUUAAACCUGGCGACCCUAAGCUGGUAAAAUGGUCUGUUAGUGUAUGGGUGGGUAAGUUGGUUUUGUCCUUCGAAGCCUUUCAGUUUGUCAUUGGUACAGAUUUAUGCAUUCCGAUGUCUUGAGUCAUAUUCUUUUCAUUGUUCCUUCUCGUAUUUAUUUUUCUAAUCCUUGACCGCCUGCCUUUCUAGUCUCCAAGCUUCCUGCUUUUUCUUUUUCCACUAAAUCUUAUUUAUGUUAAAUCAUUUUUUUCAUGUCUCAUUUCUUAUUUUUUAGAAUCAUUUUGGAAGACUUUGUUGGGCAGAUGUGCAGGUGUAACUGAGGAAGAACAGUCUGCCUUGGCUGGGGAACCAGAAUCCUGGAGCCAAUGUCAACUGGGAAUCACUGGCUAAUGAUUGAGUUUUUAGCAGAGGCAUCCCAUCUUUGUUCAAGCCCAAGUCUUGACAGGGUUCUAGAAUUUUGCCUGUGGUCAUUUGUGAUGUUACUAUCAGGUGGAAUGGUAUACAGAAGAAAAAGGCAUUUCACCAUCCCACUCCUCAUUUCAUUGGCUAUCAGCUCCAAGGAAGUUCCAUUAUUUCUGGUACUGUCAGAGAAAGACGCCAUUACCAGCAGUUCCAGGACACCUAACCAAAGCCACAUCCGCCUGGCCGUUGCCAUGGACAGGGGCUCUGCCUUGAUCCUCUCUCCCACUGACUGCUGGGUGAACCCGAGGAAAAGCCCAACUGCAGGAAUCACAGCGGGUGAGCCCUGGGGUUCCCUCCUUGUGGCAGGUAAGCCAGCCUGUUGGGAAAUUUGAGUGUCUUAGAGACCGUUUCAGCCUUGUGUCCUCUCACUUUGCAGGCUGGUGUCAAGACUGCUAAUGACCUCCAGGUCCCAAGUCUCUUGUUGCUUGGUGACAAAGUUUCACAGUUGAGAAGGAGAAGCUGGGACUAGCAGGUUUUUCAUGAUUUUUCCUCACACUGGUCACUAUCCAAUCAGAACAACCAACUUCUAACACUCCCUUACUAAAAGAACAUGGCUAAGAGUGAGAAAGGCCCCAAGGGCAAGAUCACCCUCAAGGUGGCCAAGAAUUGCAUCAAAAUCACUUCUGAUGGGAAAAAGCGCCUUGACUUGAGCAAGAUGGGAAUUACCACCUUCCCCAAGUGUAUUCUGCGCCUCAAUGACGUGGACGAGCUGGACCUUAGCCGGAAUCUGAUCAGGAAGAUCCCUGACUCCAUCUCCAAGUUCCAGAACCUCCGGUGGCUGGACCUGCACAGCAACUAUAUAGACAAGCUGCCUGAGUCCAUUGGCCAGAUGACCAGCCUGCUCUACCUCAACGUCAGCAACAACCAGCUGACCAGCAACGGGCUGCCCGUGGAGCUGAAGCAACUAAAGAACAUCCGCACUGUGAACCUAGGCUUGAACCACCUGGACAGUGUGCCCACCACGCUGGGGGCCCUGAAGGAGCUCCAUGAGGUAGGGCUCCAUGAUAACCUACUGAAAAACAUCCCCGUAAGCAUCUCUAAGCUCCCCAAGCUGAAAAAGCUCAACAUAAAGCGGAACCCCUUUCCAAAGCCAGACGAGUCGGAAACGUUCAUAGACUCCAUCAGGAGGCCGGAGAACUUGUAUGUGGUGGAGGAGAAGGAUCUGUGUGCGGCUUGCCUGAGAAAAUGCCAAAACGCCCGGGACAAGCUGAAUAGAAUCAAGAACAUGGCCAUGACGACACCGAGAAAGACUAUCUUUCCCAAUCUGAUCUCACCCAAUUCUAUGGCCAAGGACUCCUGAGAAGACUGGAAGUGACUUGGACCCUGACCCUGAGGCAGAAGGGAAAGAGAGAGGGAGGGAAGAGGGCAGUGGGCUGCAUCCACAGGAAACCAAGGGCUCUCCUGUGGCUGCAGCAGCUCUUUCAGCCAAGCCCAUAAAACUCCUUUCUUUACUUCCUCAGCACGUGAUUGUAUUGAUUGAAGGGCUUUUGGUUCCUUACCAUUCCACACAUUUCUUCCUCCUCUGCACACACACUCACAAGUACAGGCACAGUGAGUCAGGAAGGGGCUGUCCAUGUCCAUCCUACUCUUACCCCCAGAUCUCUCUUGUUUACCGCUGUGGCCUAGGCAGUUAAUGCCCCCACACACUCACUAUCGCUGGCAUUUCAGAACCCACCACCAGCUCCCAAAUGUGAAGUUUAUUCAGUGGAAAUGUUUUGGGUCUGGGCUUCAAAGCCAAGGAAUCUCAGAGUAUGAGUUUGUAAGAAAGUAGAUGAGCACUUCGUGUUGGGUAGGGGACAGAGGUGGGCCACAGAAACGGGCAGGUUUUAUUAUUAAGGCAUCAAUAGGCAGAUAGCUUCCUGGGCCCAAAGCAAUGUUUUCUCUCUGAACUGAGCUUGCACAACUUGCUCUAGGAGCUUUCUUGGCUAAAUCUGCAGACCUCUGACUGGCUGUGAAUGAAUGAAGUUAUACUACCAUCCUAUUACAUUCAGUGUUCUUUCAGACCCUCAUGGGAGGAAGGAAAGAAUGGUGGCAAGUAUGGAUUGGUGCAUUCAAUAAAUCAACACCUUACUCCGCACUGUGCUAGGUGCAGGGGCCGUGUCCCUUUGGAGAAAGCUUGGCUUGCCUGGUGCAAGCUGGUGGAGAGAGUAACUGAAAUGAGAUGGGGCAGAGCACCAUUGUCUGAGGCAUUCAGGAGAUCCCAGUCGUGGAUGUGCAGGGCUGGCUUGGCAGAGAGAAAAGGCAAAGAUUCUGAGGUUGGACAGAUCUAGGUCCAUGGCAACUCUGCUUCUGACUUGGCAUCCCCUUGGGCACCUAAUAUAGCUUUGGUUCCCUCACUCGUGAAGUGGAAAUAAUGCUAUACCUAACUCCAAGGGUUCUGUGCCUCUAAAACAGGCAGCACAUGGAGAACAUACUCAGCAGAAGCCAGUUCUCUUCUAGAACCAUAACUUGGUUCAUUGCAAAGCUGAAAUA